AUGCACUUCUCAGCUCUACAGCAACAUCCUGCAAGGGCAGUUGAUUUUUUUUGUUGCGCUCUCGGAAAUCCACAGAGCCCACCGUGUCUUCACUCCACUGAGGAUCCCCUCUUCACUUUUUUUUCUCUACCAUCUCCCUCGGCCUCGUCCAACAGCAGCAGCAGCAGCAUGACUCCUCGGUGUCUCCUCCUAUCCGUCCCGGUCCUGCUCUUCUUCCUCGUUUCUGCCUGGUGCUCUCCGGUGUGCAACAACCAGUGCUGCCGCUUCGUGGAGGAGUUCCCCGUCAGGCUGAAGCGGCUCAGGCAGGACUUUGCACAGAUCAGAGGUUUCUACGAAGCAAACGAUGAUAUCGAGACCGCCUUGUUAGACCAGAGCGUCCAACAUUCCUUUGAGAGCAACUUUGCCUGCCAAGCCAUGAACAGCAUCUUGGAGUUUUACCUGAACACAGUGCUGCCUUCCGCCGUGGCCGGCGUGACUGAAGAAACCACCGACUUGAAACCUCAUGUGGAGUCCAUACAGCAGAUUUUCGAUGAGCUCAAGAGUGAUGUCACCAGAUGUAGGCACUACUUCCACUGCAAGAACCAGUUUGACAUCAGAAGCCUAAAUUCGACGUACACUCAGAUGCAGAAUAAAGGUGUGUUUAAGGCCAUGGGGGAGCUGGGUCUGUUGUUUAACUACAUUGAGAGAUACCUGGCAUCCAAGCGUGUGAAAUCUUCGUGAAGACCGGCUGACUUUAACCAGGAUUAUUGUCAAUGUGCUCCUUCUGGGUUGGAAAAAAAAAGUGGACAAUCUUUGGAUUUUAGACUAACAUGGAUGUACUUCUACGUGUGCAGAACUAUGAGUGUAAUUAUAGACCUGCUCAACUGUUUUCUUUGUUCUUCAAAGACCGUUGUUUACUUGUGUUUGUCCCAAGGACAAGUUUGUGCUUCAGAGACUGCAUAUUUUCAUAUGAAGGGUAUUUAUUUAUUUGAGUGUGUCAUAUAAUGUAUUAUAUUUAUUGUCUUUUUUUAUACUUUGUCAUAGAAAU